AUGUCCAACAAAUACGAGGAAGUCAUCGUGGAAAUCUCAGGCCAAAUAGGAAUUAUCAAAUUCAAUAGACCAAAGAGCUUGAACUCGUUCACAGGCAAGCUGACGCAGGAAACCAUCUCCGCCAUCAGAGAACUCAAUGAACAUCCCGAUACGGUGUUCACGGUCCUUACCGGCGAGGGUAGAUUCUUCUCAUCUGGUGCAGAUGUAAGGGGAUCUGGACUAGAAUCAAACCAAACCUAUGCGAACGAUGGAGAGAAGAAGCUUGCUUUUAUGCAGAGAUUUACACCUGCGCUCGAAAUGCUUCGGUCCAUUAUUGAUCACAAGAAAGUGUUCGUCCUUGCCCUCAACGGUCCAGCUGUUGGUGGGGGAGCGGCCUGGUUCACCGGCAUAUCAGACAUUGUCUUCGCAUCUUCAUCAUGCUAUUUACAGAUUCCAUUCAGCGCACUCGGACUUGUGCCCGAAAACGGUUCGGCCAUUAAUUUCGCUCAAAGCAUGGGAGUGCACCGCACCAAUGAGUUUUUCAUGUUUGGUCGCAAACUUACUGCUAAGGAACUUGAGGAAUUCGGAAUCGUAAACCGUGUGUUUGACAAUGAGGGGUUCCAACAGAGUGUCAAGGAAUAUUUGGAGGAGCAAUUGAACCUUAACGAUCCAAAGAGUAUGAUGGAGAUGAAGCGAUUGCAGAAUGCCCCGCUUAGGGAUGGGAGGUUGAUUGCGGUUGUCAACUCUGUUGAUGCUCUCGCGGAGAGAUUUGUUGAAAAUGCGCCGAUGGAGAGAUUUGCGAUUAAGAAGAAGGAAAUGGAGGCUAAAUCGAAAAGUCGUACUUCCAAGAUUUGA